AUGGGCACCAAGCGUCGUAACAUCGAGGACGAACUGUCGCGCUUCGAAGCCGAGAUCUCCAAACCGCCCGCUCGCAAUCUUUUCGUUCCCAAUCAAGUGCGUCCAAUAAUCGCGGCAAAUACGUAUACAAACGUACAGCAGAGGCUGCAACAGCAUCAGCCGCGUUUAACGGUGCCCCCUCCACCGAUACCGCCGCCACCCACGUUCAUGUCCACCUUCGUACCCACGGGCAGCAACACAACAUCCACAUCGCCAGCCAAGACCAUGGCCCCCACUCCCGUUGUUCUGAGCAGCGCGCCCAAGUUGUAUCAGUGUCGUCAGUCGGUGCAUGUGCCCACAGUAGCUACGGCGCCAGCUAUUGAUAUCAACAUCAAUUCCAUUCAGUUUGAUGUUACACAGAAACUCAAGAAGCUCAAGGCGGAAAAAUCAGGACCCAAUCCCAUUGCCGAGGAGGCAAUCAAGGCAGCGCGUGCCUCAUCCGCAUUGCAAUCAUUUCAAACCACAGAGCGAAAGAAGAAGGAUCGCAAAACGGUCCGAAUUGCAGGCGGCACUGUGUGGGAGGAUUCAUCAUUGGCCGACUGGCCGGAUGACGAUUUUCGCAUUUUCUGCGGUGAUCUCGGCAACGAUGUCAACGACGAAGUCCUUACGCGUACAUUCAACAAGUUCCCAUCGUUCCAGCGUGCCCGUGUUGUGCGCGAUAAACGAACUGGGAAGAGCAAGGGAUUCGGAUUCGUCAGCUUUCGUGAACCAGCGGAUUUUAUACGCGCCAUGAAAGAAAUGGACGGGCGUUAUGUGGGCAGUCGACCCAUAAAGUUGCGCAAGAGCACCUGGAGGCAGCGCAGCUUGGAUGUCGUAAAGAAAAAGGAGCGAGAGAAGCAGGUGCUCCUGCAGGCCUUUAACUCCAUGGGUUAA